CUCCUGGGAGCUAUGCCCAUAGCUGUCGACCAUAUGGCAUCAACAGCAAAUUCACAAAGCGCCAUGGACGCAAAUGACAAGAAGCGCAAUAAGUUAGGAUAUCAUCGAACAUCUGUCGCAUGCGUGCACUGCCGACGACGAAAGAUCCGAUGUCUCGUAGCGCCAGAUGAUACGGAAGGACGAUGUGAAAACUGCAUUCGAUUGCGAAAGGACUGUCAGUUUUUUCCAGUGGACCAGCAACCACCGAUUGAAAAGAAAUCACGACCAAAUUCGAGAUUGGAGACACCAUCAACCGAGCGCUCAAACACCACACCAAUUGCUUCCUCUCCGACUAAUUUGAUGGCCGACCCCGCCGAGACCUUCUACCCAUAUCAGGCUAUGCCAAUGAGCACCUCGUCCGCGCAGGACAUUUCAACUUACAACGUCGGAAUGGUUCAAACCAACAUGAGCAUAACUCCAGACCCACCCAUGGGACCAGGAGACUUUGCUGGACAUCAACCGAUUGAUACCGGGGUCGCGUGGGACGAAUUUACAAUGGCGGACCCACAGCUGUUGAAUACGAUGGCAGCCGGAAAGGGUCAGAUGAUGAAUAUGUCUCCCAACUUAUGGAAUCCUGGGAGCAUACACUCAGGCCUACCACCCCCUUCGCCGAUAUCUGCAGCAUCUUCAAUGGGAGGCCCAUCGCAACCUCUGGGCCAGACGGCAUACGCCAUGCAACCAGACGGAACAGUUUGGCAGGUCCCGCCGCCACCACCACCACGAACCAUGAGCUACCCUGGACAAGAAAUGGGCUCAUCAUACCCUAAUCAUUUUCACCCACAAAUGCCCACGGAGCUCAAACGGAGAAUGACCACACCCGCACAAUCCCUGUCUGCCACGAGUGCCAUGGCCCCGCAAGGCUCGCCAGAUACGCCUGAGAUGCAUACACCAGGCUCUGUCUCAUACCCACCAGGAAUGAACUACCCGCAAUGGCAGGAUAUGAAUGCCAUGUCCGGAAUGGGCGUGGUGCCAUAUCCUAUGUACCCCGCCGACGCAGUUCCACAACAUGUAUACCCGCCUAAUCCUGCUUCGAUGGGACACCCCGGAGGCACCUCACGGUCACCGAACCCAUGA